GGUGAGAAAUAGUUGAGAAAUAGUUGCGUUUCAGUCACUUAGCAUAUAUAGCACCUAAUGAGUCUAUUUCUUUCCAUGUCCAUCCACUCGUAUCCUUUUCCACCAUUUCUUCUCUCUCUCUCUCUACCCCCUUUCUUCACUAUAGAAACUACUACUACCAAAGUUGUCACUUUUUGCCAUUGGACAAGUAUAUUAUAAUACAUUAUAUUAUAUACAAAUUACUUUCUUCAUCCUUUCUACCCUCCAUUCCUCCAACUUCAUGCAUGCUCUUUUUUUUCAAAAAGGAGGAAGCUUUUCCUUUCACUCUUACUUUAUCUGGUUUUUGAUUUGAUUUUCUCAUACCCUUUUGCUUCACAGGACUUCAAAAAAAUGGCAGAAAGUACCUUGUUCUGUCUGUAGAAUUUGGUAGAGAAAGUUAAAUACCUUUGAGUCAGUCUUUUAGAAUGCCAGUUCCACUUGCCCCUUACCCAACUCCACCACCAGCUCCAUAUACACCAACUCCAACAAAUGGUUCACAGAGUCAACUUGUGUGUUCUGGUUGUAGAAACCUUCUGGUCUAUCCAGUUGGAGCUACUUCUGUAUGCUGUGCUGUUUGCAAUGCUGUCACAGCAGUGCCACCUCCUGGCACAGAAAUGGCUCAGAUAGUUUGUGGAGGAUGCCAUACUCUACUCAUGUACAUCCGCGGAGCGACCAGCGUUCAAUGCUCUUGUUGUCACACAGUCAAUCUAGCUUUGGAAGCAAAUCAGGUGGCACAUGUCAAUUGUGGUAACUGCAGGAUGCUUCUUAUGUACCAAUAUGGAGCAAGAUCCGUGAAAUGUGCAGUUUGCAAUUUUGUUACCUCAGUUGGGGCUUCAGCAAGCACCACUGAGCAGAAGUUCAGCACCUAAGAAAAUCAUAUACUAUAAUAGCAAGGUCAUUACAGACUCUACAACCUUGGUUUUUGCUACUUACAUAUCAAUCUUAAGGAAUAAUAACAAAGAGUGUCAAUCAGAUUGAAAACUUUCUUCACAUGUAUAGAGUUAUUUUUCUCUUGCGUGACGACGGUGAUUGUAUUGAAUAUUUUUGUUAGAAUUGGUGUAUGAAUAAGUGAAUAACAAUCUGUUCUAAGAUUCUUGAUUUUGAGUGCUGUAAAAAAUCCAUAUCUUUGGAUAAGGUAAAACUUAUUCUCUA